CUUUCGUUCCAAGCAUGGCAAAGUGUCAUUGGUGGCCGCUCUUUUGUGCUGCCGUCAUCAUCACGGGCGGCGCCUUUGCGAUCACGUACUUUACGCACACAGGCAUCUUUGCCGAGAGCUCGUCGUCGUCCAACGACGCUGCCAAGCCGGCGGGCAAACCGACCAAGAACGCAACGUGUCCGUACCGCGGGUACUACGCCAACAGCAAGAACGACUGCGUCGCGUGCCCGGCGCCCGGCAAAACGUUUGCCGUCUUUUGGCAGACGUACACGGACGGCUGCCUCGAUUUUGUCAAGAGCGAUGCCUUCCAGUACAUUACCCACAUUUACUGGGGUUUUGCGCUCAUCAACAACCAAACGGGCGAAGUCGCACAGACGUUUCAAGGCAACGAUGCGACGCUGCAGACGUGUGUCAACGCCAUCAAAAAAAAGUGCGUCAAGCAGUACGCGAGCAUUGGCGGGCAAACCGAGCGCGCCAACUUUCUGUCGUUGAAUACACCGGCCAAGAUUGCUGCGUUUGGCAAAUCCGCCGCUGCGCUCGUGCAAAAGUUUGGGUUUGACGGCAUCGACGUCGACGACGAGAGCGGCAACUUGCUCGCCAAAGGCGACUGGAAGACAAACGCGUCGCCCAACGUGGCCUCAUACCUCACGUCGCUCCGCACCAACUUGAACGCGCUUCCGCGCAAGAGCCAAGAACCCGCGUACGGCUUGACAUGGGACGAGUUCUUCACCUCGCUGGACCCGACCUGCAAUACACCUAGUGGCGACUACCAGCGCUGCUUUGACCCAGCAUUGGCGUCCCUCGUUGACGAAGUGAACAUUAUGGCCUACAAUGCCGAGACGGGCGUGACGUACGACACGCUGCUCACAACGACCGUGCCGACCUUGUGGACCGCUGCGAUUCCGCCGGCGAAACUGAUCAUGGGCGGUUGCGUCGGGACACCGAAAGACCAAGGCGCGUGCUCAUACGGCGCCAGCCCCUCGAGCGCACAGCUUGUCGGGUACGCGACCGACGGCGCCGCAAAGUACGGCGGCACAAUGCUCUGGACGGCGUCGACCGACAUCCUGCUCAACAAAGGUGCAAAUAUGAUUGGCAUGGGCAAGGCCGGCAACUACGGCAUAACACUUGCGUAAAAUAUAAUACGGUUUGAACUACA